UUUUCUUUUGAAUUAUUGAUCUUUGUUUCUGAGUGUGCUCCGACAAUGCAAUCAGCACUUCGCGCAACUUCAACGCUUGGCAAAGCGCACGCUUCGCUGAGGCCGUACAACAACCGCUGGAUGCUCAGCUUCAGCACCAUCGCCCACCAAGCCAUCGCUGCUGCUGCUGCUGCUGCUGCUGCUACAACUACUACUACCACUACUACUGCUGCUGCUGCUGGUGCUGCGCCUGCGUCCAAGGGUGUCCCGGCAAUGUCGCGCACCAUUCGCGCGUUCGCAGCCAAGACAAUUGAAAUGCCGACAUUGCCCAAGUCCCACAUCUUGGGUGUCCCGACGGCCUCAUUUUCAUCGCGUGCCGGCAGGGCUAGUCAACAACAACCAGAGCCGUGGGUCAACCCCCAAGCAAUGCCAAAGGGCGAAGCGCUCAAAAAGUACGGCGUUGAUCUCACCCAGCGAGCCGCGGAAGGCAAGCUGGAUCCAGUCAUCGGUCGCGAUGAAGAAAUCCGAAGGACCAUUCAAGUUCUGAGUCGUCGCACGAAAAACAAUCCAGUUCUCAUUGGCGAGCCAGGCGUUGGUAAAACGGCUAUCGCCGAGGGCCUGGCGCAUCGCAUCGUUGACGGUGAUGUCCCUGAUUCCGUGAAGAACAAGCGAGUCAUCACGCUCGAUUUGUCUGCGCUCAUCGCUGGAGCCAAGUUCCGAGGCGAGUUUGAAGAGCGCCUGAAGGCCGUGCUGCGUGACGUGGAAGAAUCCAAGGGCAAUCUGAUUUUGUUUAUCGACGAAUUGCACACUCUCCUUGGUCUUGGCAAAUCCGAGGGCAGUAUGGACGCGUCAAACAUGCUCAAGCCUGCGUUGGCUCGAGGCGAUCUCCAUCUCUGUGGUGCUACAACCCUCGACGAGUAUCGCAAGUACAUCGAGAAGGACGCUGCUCUUGCUCGUCGCUUCCAGCCUGUGAUUGUCCGCGAGCCAUCAGUCGAGGAUUGCAUUUCCAUUCUACGUGGCUUGAAAGAAAAGUAUGAGGUGCACCACGGCGUUCGUAUCACCGACUCGGCCCUCGUCAGCGCAGCCGUGUACUCCCAGCGGUACAUUACCGAUCGCUUCCUACCAGACAAGGCAAUUGAUUUGGUGGACGAGGCCGCCUCUCGUCUGCGUCUCCAGCAAGAGAGCAAGCCCGAGCCUCUCGAGCAGCUCGAUCACUCCAUCAUCACGCUCAAGAUUGAACUUGAGGCGCUCAAAAAGGAGACGGACGACUCAUCGCGCGAGCGCUUUUCCAAGGUCAAAAAAGAGUUGGAGGACAAGGAGGCCGAAGCCAAGCGCUUGGAGGAAGCUUGGAAGCUCGAAAAAUCGCGACUGGAAGAUCAAACCAAGGCCCGAGCACAGCUGGACGCCGCUCGCAUCGAAGUUGAGCAGGCGGCUCGUCGCGGGCAGCUCGCCAGGGCAAGUGAGCUCAAAUAUGGCGUCAUUCCGCAACUGGAGGCACAACUUGCCGCAGAAGAAGGCGGGGCGAAGAAAAAGAAAGGUCCGAGGCUUGUUUCCCACUCUGUCACUUCGGAUGACAUUGCCCUGGUGAUUUCCCGAAUGACUGGCAUUCCCGUGCAUGCCUUGUUGCAAGGCGAAAAGGACAAGCUGCUCCGACUUGAAACAGCUCUCGAGCAGCGCGUGGUCGGCCAGAAUGAGGCUGUUGUGUCGAUUGCUGAUGCAGUCCGCCUCAGCCGCGCCGGAUUGCAAGCCAGAAACCGCCCAAUCGCCUCGUUCUUGUUCCUUGGUCCCACCGGCGUUGGCAAAACUGAGCUGUGCAAGGCCUUGUCUCAGUUCCUGUUCAACACUGAGGCGGCCCUUAUCCGUGUUGAUAUGAGCGAGUACAUGGAAAAGUUCUCAAUCAGUCGCUUGAUUGGCUCGCCGCCCGGCUAUGUGGGCUAUGAAGAGGGCGGCACACUGACCGAAGCGGUUCGCCGUCGUCCGUACUCGGUCGUUCUGUUUGACGAGUUUGAAAAGGCGCAUCGCGAGGUCAGCAAUUUGCUCUUGCAAGUGUUGGAUGACGGCCACCUCACGGACAGCCAAGGACGCAAAGUUGAUUUCCGAAACACUGUCAUCAUCAUGACGAGCAACAUUGGUGCCAAGCGACUGGCGGUGCUUCCGGAUGACGUCAGCUCAUCCGUGGCGCGAGACGAAGUCAUGGCUGAAGUCCGCCAUCAUCUUUCGCCUGAAUUCAUCAACCGCAUCGACGAAGUCAUUCUUUUCAACCGCCUCAGCCGCCGCAACAUGGCCAACAUUGUGCAGGUUCGCCUCAAGGAACUUCAAGCCCGUGUCGAUGACAAGAAGAUGAAGCUCAACAUGACUCCUGCUGCUCUGGAAUGGCUUGCUGAUGCUGGCUAUGAUCCCGUGUACGGCGCACGCCCACUCAAUCGCUUGAUUCAGAAGCAAGUCAUGAACCCGCUCGCUCGCAGCGUGUUGGACGGAGCCAUUCGAGAAGGCGAGCAGGUCACCGUCGACGUUGCAACUGACGGCCUGAUUGUCAAGCCCAACCAUCAGGUGUCUCGCGAUGGGCACCGCUUGGCGCUUGACGAUGAAGAGGAUGAAUGAACAGAGUGGUUUUUGUUUUUGUUUUUGAUACACCUGAAACGCUUCUUUCGUCCACACUUAUGCGUCGCAUUUCCUUCGCACUCUGCGCUGUGCUUGGGUUUCAUUGAUUUAUAAAGUUUUGCAAAUACCAAGGGAGAACACUGUGUUU